ACGAAGCUGUAUCGCUCCCUGUUCCUUGGCAGUUGCGCGCGAACCAUCGAGCGGAGCGGAGCGGUGGUUUUCGGCGGUGAUCCGGCGAUCCUGUUCCCCGACCGACCGGUGCUCGAUGGUACGAAGUGUCGUGGAAUAGAAGUCCAGGCAGCCACGAAUUCGAGAGAUUCCUAUCGUGCUCACGCAUGAUAUGACUCAGUCUCGCGAGGUUCUGGCAAUGAUGGACGCGCAUACAACCACAUUCGGACGCAAAAGAGGCUGCACAAUUUCCCGGUGUGGCGCCUUCCUUUUGGGCGCAUUUUUUCUGAUUAGUUUGGUUAUCACCGGUUUGUUAGUAUACCAUUUUGCACCGUGCCUCGAGGAAAAACAAGUUCAACCAUACUCCGAUGGCAGCUCGCUCUUGGAGACCGGGAGAGGUUUUUCGAAGCUAAAGAAGAAAUUAGAUGUCAGAUUACCGAAGUCUGUCAUGCCGGAUUUGUACGAAUUGUGGCUGAUACCUUUCAUAUGGGAGGGCAACUUUACCUUCAACGGCGAGGUUAAAAUUUUGGUGAACGUAACAAUGGACACGAGCAAUGUUACGUUGCACGCCGCCGACAUGAAGAUCGACGAGAGCUUUACGAAUAUCAGGGAAUACUCGGGUAAAAGCAACAAGACCAAGGUGAUCGGGAUCGCGGAGCAGAGAAACGACACCGACAGGCAAUUUCACGUGAUUAGAACAUCGAACACGUUGAGGAAAGGCAAGCAAUACGUCGUGCAUCUCAAGUUCAUUGGCCAUUUGAACGACUACUUGCAGGGUUUCUACAGGAGCUCGUAUACGGUCGGCAAUCAGACGAGAUGGAUUGCCGCGACUCAGUUUCAAGCAACGGAUGCGCGCCGUGCUUUCCCGUGCUUCGACGAACCGGCUCUAAAAGCCAAGUUCCAGAUCAACAUAGCGCGUCCCAGAAACAUGACAUCUAUCUCAAAUAUGCCCAGGAAAGGGGAACCGAUGCCAGUACCCGGUUUAGAUACGUAUGUUUGGGAUCAUUACGAGCGUUCGGUACCAAUGUCGACAUAUUUGGUGGCCUUCAUAGUUUCCGACUUUGAUGUACGGAAAUCAGAAGAUAGCAACUUUCGAGUUUGGGCGCGUCACGACGCCAUUAAUCAAUCACAAUACAGUUUGGAUAUUGGACCGAAAGUACUCAGAUACUACGAAGACUAUUUCAAGAUCAAGUUCCCUUUGCCGAAGAUGGAUAUGAUCGCGCUACCCGACUUUUCCGCUGGCGCUAUGGAAAAUUGGGGAUUGAUAACUUACAGAGAGACAGCAAUGUUAUAUCAGGACGGCGUAUCGACCAGUAGCAGCAAGCAGCGAGUAGCCGUUGUGGUAUCUCACGAGCUCGCGCAUCAAUGGUUUGGAAACUUAGUGACUCCAAGUUGGUGGACGGAUCUUUGGUUGAAUGAGGGUUUUGCCAGUUAUAUGGAGUAUAUCGGCAUGGAUGCUGUAGAACCAACGUGGAAAGCGCUGGAACAAUUCGUCGUUCACGAUCUUCAAAAUGUAUUUGGUUUAGACGCUUUGGAGUCUUCUCAUCCCAUAUCUAUUGAAGUUGGCCACCCGGAUGAGAUCAGUGAAAUCUUUGACAAGAUUUCUUACGGGAAAGGUGCUUCCAUAAUAAGAAUGAUGGAUCAUUUCCUGACAACAGAAGUUUUCAAAAAGGGUCUAAGUAAUUAUUUAAAUGGAAAAGCCUAUCAAAAUGCUGAGCAAAACGAUUUGUGGUACGCUUUGACCAAACAGGCUCACCAAGAUAAAGUACUUGACUCAAACGUAACUGUUAAAGAAAUAAUGGAUACUUGGACCCUACAAACUGGUUUUCCUGUAGUCACCGUUACGCGAAACUAUAAAAAUGGUAGCGUCUCGUUGACACAGGAACGCUUUUUGCUUCGUAAUAGCGCCACGAUAGUCAUAUCUGAGUCGGAAAUGCCAUUAUGGUGGAUACCCAUCACUUAUACGAGCGAAAAGCAAUUAAACUUCAAUAACACUCAGCCCAUGAAAUGGAUGAAAGCGGAACGCUCAAUCAUCCUUAAUGAUUUAGAUGUAAGCUCCUCUCAGUGGAUACUUUUCAACGUGCAAGAAACUGGAUAUUACAGAGUGAAUUAUGAUAGGGCAAACUGGCAGAUGAUAAUAAAACAAUUGAAUAAGCAAAAUUUCAAAGACAUCUCAACGAUUAACCGAGCACAGUUGAUCGAUGAUGCUCUUAAUUUGGCUAGAGCUGGUAAGCUCGAUUACACCAUCGCAUUCGAUGUUACAUCUUACUUGGCCCAUGAAAUUGAAUAUUUGCCUUGGAAAGCAGCUUUUAAUGCUAUGGACUAUCUUAACGAUAUGCUAAUCAAAACACAGGGCUAUGACAAAUUUAGGUUGUAUAUAUUGAAACUGCUCGACAAUGUGUACAAGCAAGUUGGUUUUAUUGACAAAGUGGGAGAUCCUCAGCUGACAGUCUUUACUCGGAUUGAUGUUCUAAAUUGGGCGUGUAACUUCGGCCAUGAGGAUUGCGUUACAAAUGCUGUACAUCAAUUUAAGGAUUGGCGUAACACUCCGAAUCCGGACGUUAAUAAUCCAAUUUCCCCGAACUUGAAGAGCGUCGUUUAUUGCACAGCGAUUCGCGUGGGUGGACAAAGCGAAUGGGAAUUUGCUUGGCAACGAUACCGAGGAACUAAUGUGGGAUCGGAGAAGGAUCUGCUUUUGCAAGCAUUAGCUUGCACAAGAGAAAUAUGGUUGCUCAGUCGAUUCGUAGAUUGGGCUGUCACAGAAAAUUCAGGCAUCAGAAAGCAGGAUGCUGCCCGUGUUUUUGGAUCGAUCGCCAACAAUAUCGUCGGGCAACCGCUCGUGUUUGAUUACUUCAGAAACAACUGGGAGCAUCUGAGGAAAUAUUUUGGAACGUCACUAUCAAACAUCAAUAACAUUGUAAAAUCGGCAACGAGAGGAAUAAGCACGAAAUACGAACUAAAAGACCUGGUAGAAUUUGCAAAGAGUCAUAUUGAGGAACUUGGUACUGCAACGCGAACCAUACAACAAGCGAUGGAACAAGCGGAAGCCAAUAUACGAUGGAUCCAUAACAAUCACGCGACGAUUCGCGAUUGGUUACAGAGAAACACUGCGUAAUAAUAGUUGAUAUUGACAGAAAAUUAUUCUUUCUCUGCGGGAUUGUUUCUCAAUCGUGACUGGAUCGAUGUUUCAUAUCGCGCACGUUUGAUUUUUCGCCGAAUUUUUAGCGCCAAGUGACGCGCGAAAAUUCUGUAUGAUAAAUUGACAGAUGGAAUAAGUCGAAUGAAAUUGUGAAGUAGUCUCGUUAAAUCAUACAAGAGUAUUAAAUGUUUUUGUAUGUAUUUGUAAAUAUAUGGGCCGUCAUUAUCGCGAUAUUUAUAACACAGAGAGAAAGAGAGAGAGAUGGUAUUCUCUCAUAAUAUGGCACGUUCACAUUCCUGAUUAUGCCGCUAGAUUACGAAGCAUAUUUUAAAUAUAUGUGGGAGGAUUGAUAGCAUUAAUAAUCCCUUUACAAUAGAUCUCGGAUCAUAACUGCUAUAAACAUCACUCUAAGUCUGAAGAAUUUUAUUGUGAAUUCACUAGAUAGACCAAAGGAGCAGAAGAGAGGAUUUAUGUUCGAAGUAAAAAUGGAUAUUAUGAGAAGUAGCGGAUUUGUUGUAAAAUUCUCAAUCUUAAAGUUAUACGUAUUCUUAACUAAAUAUUGCUAAAAAUCAGUUUAUAAGUACGUCAUUAUAGACAAUUGUACAUCAGGUCAAAGUGAUCGAAGUGAUAAUUGAUACAAAUCAUCAGAGAAAUUCAUAUAUAAUUCAUAAUUAAUAGGAGUCGCGUUUUCAGCGACCACUGAAAAACAUUCGAUAUAAUGCAUGUUGAACAACUAGAUAUUUUUAAUCGCUCAUUAAUAAAGACAAUAAAAAUAUUUA